UUGUUAUUCUUCCCAGCAGAGUGUUAGCAGGGCAUUUGGUGUGGGCAGCAUGCAGGAUGUCUUAUUUUGAAAGGAGCAACAAAGUCCUACAUGACCAAUGAAAGCCAUGUUUAACACUCUGUCUGCUGCGUUUAAAUGGGCGCUACACUUCAUUUACUUUCCGUAACCUGUAUAAUAACCAAUCUGUACCGCCAUUGUUAUUGUAAGAGCGAACACUGGCAUAUUUUUUUUGGCAUAGUAACACAUCGCGUUGUUCACAGAGACACUCACACUGCUACGGCAUUAACAAGAGGCAAGCUAGCUUCUGCGUCAGCAGCUGAAUUGCUUUUGAGUUUGUAAUGCACAACACAAUGUGAUAGGACACAUACAAGUUGUUUUUCUGAUGAUUUUCAUAUUGUUAUAUGACACCUAAAAUUAAAAGUUUUUUUUUUUAAUCUUGUUUUUUUUAAUUCUCAUUUUCAUAUAUCAAAUUUAAUGACCGAAGACAUGCUAAUCAAGUAAAGUUAAUUGUAUUUCUCUAGCUGCCAUUUCAGAAUCAGCAUUAUUGGCCACAAGAAAUUUGACUUGGUAGACUGCUCUCCGUGUUUAAUGGAACAAUUGGUAUUACAAGUUAACGAAAAUAUAGUCAAUGACUCAGAUACUUAACAUGUGAGAGGCUAAUAAUUAACAAAAUAAGUUAUCUUAAGGCACUCUACACAUACAACAGGUCCAGAACUCGUCUCCUCGUACAUAAAAAGAACCAACUAAAGCAUUUAGGCUGCGUUCACACCGGGUUCAAUGUCCAAUUUACCUUUUUUUGGUUCAAAUCCAGUCUUUUUAGUGGCCGUUCACAUUACAAAAAAUUUGAUUUUCAAUGUGAAUGCAAACUGACCCGCUUGCAGACAUGACGUAGCGAGCGCUUCAGUGUUUACAGAACUAAAAUUGGCUUCAGCUCUAGUUGGUCUCAGUACUGGCACAUUUGUGACAAUUUCAAGGGUUUUUUGUGAUCAAAUUCAACGUCUUCUGAACCAAAAUUAUUGCGCAUGUGAGAAUAAGAAAGAAGAGAAGAAGUACUUUGGCUCCCGCAGUUCUACUGGAUAAUUUGCUUCAAUGUCUGCUUGAAGACCUGAGCGUGGGGGCGUUCACACUGAGGACACAUCGCAUUUAUAUCCACAUACGAAAGAGGCCUGGGUCAAAUAUGAAGUAUUUGGAAUUGCACUGUUUACACUGACAUUAAAAAUUCUGAUACAGACCAAGACGGAGGCGAGGGAAAACUCCCUCAAACAGAACCCAGGCUGUCUAGACUGUUUUGAUAAAAACGCUCCAAUGUCACUUCUGUGUGUGUGUUUCAGGGCAUAGAAACAAGGUUCCGGUGAAUCCCUCUCACCAAAAAGGAGGACAUAGCCAGCAAGUGUCCUCCCGUUGUUUCGACCGUGGGCAUCAACCGCGGGGACGAUGAACGGGGUGGAAGAGGAGGAAAAGGAGACAGAGGACCAGCACCGGGUGAAGAAGAUGAAGAGCAAAAACUGGAGAUCAUUCGGACUCAGAGUGACAUGAUGGUUUGGGAGAGCUCAGACCAGUCAAGCUUUUCCUGUUCUAGCGGCUCCAAGGCACUGUUUUCUGGGUUUGCAGACAUAUCUCCAGAAGAGCAGAGGUUUGAAUAUUACUCCACCAAGAGUUACCUCGAUGGCAUCAGCUGGUUGCUCAUUCAGUGGGGAGACCGAAUGAAUCAAUCUACUCGUGCAGCUUUGAUUGCAGAACUAAGAUAUCCAGCGCCUCGGACCUCGUCAAGUGGCUUUGGCUCAGCACCUGCUGGAUGUGGCAAUAAAGGGUUUGAGGCCGAACCACCAGCCCAAGCAACUAAUAUCAGUUUAGCUUCUCCAGCGAGUGGAUUAGGCUCUCCACUGGCCCCAACAUCUCCUCCAGGUUUCAGCGGCGCCAUCCCAGCUGUGACACAACCGCCCUCCGGGUCUGACGCCACGCCGUCUACAAGUUCCGAUGCCCCUCCGGGUUCCCCCUUCCCCCGCUCGUCUGGCGAAAAACUUGCGGCUCCAUCUUCGGGGACAGGUUCCUCCUCCGCAGCCGAGACCAACAAAGCGAUGGAGAAGUCCGGCGCACCUGCAGGAAGUUUGCCAGGACAGGUGCGUGCGGUGGAAACCUCAGGCGGUCUUUACUCCCUUGACAGCGAGCUAACCCAGGAGGAGCUGGAUCAGUUCAAAGCACAAAUGUUCACUUUGGGUCUGAUUCCUCUGAAGCUGCCUCCUGCUGCAAUGCUUGCCAUUUAAUGCUUAAAUGUAUUUAUUUAUUUUUCAUAAACAGUUUUUAUUCAUUCAAGUUGAUGCACAUAUAGAAAUAUUUAUAACAAACCCCUCACUCCCCACACUCCAAACAGUCCUUGGACAAAUUAAAUGCACAUUAAAAAAAUAAAAAGUGAAUAAAAAAACUA